AUGGGCCGUAUAGAGAAUUAUGCUUCCAUGAUGGAUUUGGAUAAGUCUAUCGUUAAAGACUUCUUAGUAGGUAUGGGAAAUGUUCCAGAGGAACAGAUAAUUAACGAACUGCUGGAAUUGAAGGCCGUGAUAGGGCCCUUAGAUCCUAAAGCAGCUAGGGAUAUUAUUGCCAGUAAGUCCGGAGACCAAAAGGGAACAAUACAUUGCCUUCAACAACUCCAAGACACGCAUGCAAUAAAUGAAGGGCCGAAUUGCCAUAAGAAAAAGAAUCCCGAGAAAUCCAAGGAAAAAGGAUUGUUUGGGUGGUUCUUUGGGAAAAAAUCAAAACAAGGAUCGGCGAAGUCUAGCGAGGCGUCUAGCGAUGAAAAAAAACAAGAGGAAUUGACUCAUUCACCGCAAGUUGCUGAGAUACCCAGCAAGCCUUCCACAAGUUCACCAGAAGUAGUUCCGUCUCCAGAAACUGUGCAGAAAUCGCCAGUGACUAUUUUGCUUCGCCAAACUGGGAUGAGAUACCCCGAGGAGGAACAAGUAGCUAGAGAGUAUGACUUUACACGUCAUGCUAAUAACACGGCGUAUUCAUCAGAAAUGGAACCUGGUGAAGAGUUUCGCAUAAUUUACAAUCAGUUUCUUAGGACGGCGUCAAAGUCUUAG